UUUUGAAAUUUUAAUUUAUUUAAAAGAAUUUACUCAUUUUUGUUAAAUGAUAUUUUGUCCAGUUUGUGGAAAUCAUCUUUUAGUUGGAACCUCAAUUGCAGGAUAUAAUAGAUUUGAAUGUAGAACAUGUCCUUAUGAAUUCCCUAUAGAUAGAUAUCUAUAUUCAAAAAGAAUGAUGAAACAGAAAGAAGUAGAUGAUGUCUUAGGUGGUGAGAAGGCAUGGGAUAAUGUUGAUAAAACAGAUGCACAAUGUCCUGCUAGUGAUUGUGGAGGUUUAAAAGCAUAUUUUUUUCAAAUUCAAAUUAGAUCUGCAGACGAACCUAUGACUACAUUUUAUAAGUGUACAAAGUGUGGAUAUAGGUGGAGAGAAGGCUAAUAAGUUUUGAUUUAGUAUUAUUUUUAUUAAAUUAUAUGAGAUUUAC